GGCCGGGGAGCGGAGCCCGAGCCAUAAAACUGCGGGGCGAUGAGCGCAGGCAGAGCAGUCCGGCUCCAGCGCGCCGCGCAGCCUCUGGCAGGCUGGGAUUGCUACAGGCGCUAGGCAGGACUCGCGGGCAGAUUAUGGUUGUGCUAUUCCUAGGGCCAGGCCUACGAGUGCACCACUGCCGCGCGGGGGCUACGGGCUUGCAAGGCGGCCGUGCUCGCAGCUCGGGUUUAUGGUGCCCUAAGCCCGUGCAAGGAGCAGAGCUGAUCCCCGCGGCUCAGGGCAGAGAAGGUAAGGGGCGCUGUCUUUGUAAGCCAUUACCAGGGCCGUCCCGAGCGGGCUUCCACGCGCAGCCUUUGGUGUCCCUUAGCCUGGAGCGCAGCGAGCCCUAGUCCGCUUCCAGCCAGAAGCGUUCAAGGAGUUUCCAAGCGCGGCGAAUGAUCUUUGGUCCUUACGCAAGAACUCACGAGCCUGCACAACGCUGGGGUUUUUAAAGAGCUAAAGAUCGGUGGAAUAUAAGGUAGCAGAAUCAUAAUAAUACUGCCCAUCGUUGAGUCUCUAGCUAACGCCUUGCUUGCCAAAAGGACUCCCGAGCCGUUUGCGAAGUGUCUAUCCUGCGGCAUCCUUGAAAAGUAGUUACCUCUGGGGUGGAGCGCAGCGGCGAACUGACAGACCAGCAUUAGCUGGGCCGGGAUGGGGAAAACUUUGGCCAAGGAGACAAGGGCGAAACUUCUGCUCGUAGGAAAAACUGCCUUGGGACCUUGCAGUGAGGCACAGGAAAGCCGCUGUGUUUUCAAGCUUACUGGCAGUGAAGUGCAUAGAACUCUUUAUGUACAUCCCCCUUCCCCCCAAAAAGAGAAAAUGUUUUCUUUCUCCUGGAGGUGAAUGGUUUACUCUAGAGAACCUUAUUGUUUUAAACGAAAAGCUUCAGAGUGCCUUGCUUUUUUUUUUUUUUUUUUAAACUUUGAAUACUAAAUAGCGAUCCUCACCCAAUGAUUAGAAAAGCUGACAUCAGUUUCUUUCAUGUGCCAUACAAGGAAAACCUGCCCAUACUUCGCUUGUUUUAAGUGAUCUGCUAAUGUCAGGAAUUUAUUAUUGCUAUUUCAGUCAGUAAAAUGAUCUAAACUAAACUAAAAUGUCCAACUGUUGCAUUCACAGAGACAGGAAUCCAGCUAAGUGCUGUCUCUUCAUCUACGUUGGCAUGUUGCUGUGUACUUGUGAGACAGCUGGGGGGAUUCAUUUCUGAGAAUGUUGAGAGAGCUUGAGGCAAUCUGCCAGUGCUGAUCUAUAACUGACUGUAGGGAUAAAUUCUAAAAUCUAUGCUUUCCAGUAAGGUCAAGGCAGCCAGCAGAGAUGUAUUGAACCAUGCUGUCGGGUUAGACAUUUGAGGCCACACAAAUUGCUGAAUAGCCGCUGGAGAGCUGCACUGCCCUGGCCACUGACGCUAUGGAAGACCGCAUCCGCUGGUCUAGUCUAUAGGAUGGUAGCGCACAGUAAGGUGGCAGCAGAUAAUGCAGUUGCAGCAGACCCGAGAUGUCGACUUGAGCCUCCAGCAAGGGAUCAUUCUCGGCCUAGAGGUUACCAUGGCCCGGCUCGGUCCAACAAUGGGCAGGCGCAGAGCGACACACACUUCCGAACUUUCCGCUCGCAGGCAGAUUUCAGUAGCAUCACCCGAGCGAGCGCCCUGCUGGAUGCAUGUGGCUUCUACUGGGGCCCACUGACUGUCAGCGCGGCCCACGAGAAGCUGAAAUCUGAGCCUGAGGGCACUUUCCUCAUCAGGGACAGCAGACAAAAAAAUUGCUUCUUUGCCAUCAGUGUUAAGACUGUUACUGGGCCCACCAGCAUCCGAAUAAACUUCCAGGCUGGGCGUUUCAGCCUGGAUGGCAGCAAGGAGAGUUUCGACUGUCUCUUUAAGCUACUGGAACAUUAUAUAAGCUCCCCAAGGAAGGUGCUGGUCACCCCACUACGCAAAGUCCGUUUACGGCCAUUGCAGGAGCUCUGCCGGAAAAGCAUUGUGGCAACAUUUGGGAGAGAGAAUUUAAACCACAUCCCUCUCAAUCCAGUUUUAAAGGACUACCUGAAAUCCUUCCCAUUUCAGAUAUAAAUGCAGCAUUAACUGUGUGCAUGUGUGUGUGUGAGAGAGAGAUGUGUGAAGACAUCUGGGUUUUUUAAUCUAUUUGGGAGUGACCAAAUUUAUUUUUGUAGCAAUUUACUGUAUUUUGUGAUGGAACCUGAACACUUGACUUCUUAUGUUUACACAAACUGUUUGCACAAACCCAGGGUUUUUAAACCCUGGCAUUAUUUUUCUGCUGGGCAGAAUAUUCUAUUUUAUAAUAUUUCUAAUGAAAAUAAUGUAAUAAACUUUAUUGUGAAAGUUUUUAAAAAA